AUGAUGCACCCCGCGCGGCAGGCGUACGUGGAGGAGGCCGCCGACGACGAUGCGGGCAUUGAUCUCGCCGACAUUCCUGUUGACCGCGAUUAUGACAUGCCUGCCGCCGCCGCAGGCAUCGCCCCCGAGCGAGCAUCUGCCCUAAUGUCACAAUUUGAUCGAAAACGACGAGCGGCCGCGAUCAACGUGCCUACCGACGACAACCGCGUGCGCUUGAAGCUGCGCGAGCUCGGGGAACCUAUCACGCUGUUUGGCGAGGGGCCGUCGGACCGACGAGAUCGGCUGCGAGAGCUGCUGACAACGUUGGAAGAACAGCAAGGCGGUGAUGUCGAAAUGCGCGAGGCUACCGAAGAGACGGAAACGCUGGAGGCCGAGGAAGAGGGAGAACAGCAAGAGGAGUUUUAUACAGAGGGGUCUCCGGAUCUAUUGGAGGCGAGGAAGAAGAUUGCGCUAUACUCGUUACCCCGAGCAAAGGCGCGGGUAGCGUCGCAGCAAGAACAGUCGACUAUACACCUACGAACGCAUAUUAAACAUCGCAAGGCGGUCAAGGAGAAAUUACAAGGUUUUGAGUUAUAUGGAUCGCAAAUCGCUGCUGACCGGCCGGUCAGUAUCACACGAUUUUCCCCGGACGGCCAGUCACUUGCGACGGGUGAUUGGACGGGCGGGGUCAAGGUGUUGACGGUGCCAAACCUGGAAGAGAAACUCAGUGUCAAGGGCCAUACGGAUCGAGUGAGCGGAAUUUCGUGGUUUCCCGGUGCUACAUUGCCAGAUUCGAAUGUGUCAGAGUCUUCGUUGAAUUUGGCGUCGGGAGGAGGCGAAGGUAAUAUCAACCUUUGGUCACUAGAUAAGAAACAGCCGUUAUCUACACUGUCAGGGCACUCGGAACGUGUUUGUCGAGUGGAAUUUCACCCUUCGGGCCAGUAUCUGGCAUCGGCUUCAUACGACACAACAUGGCGGCUGUGGGAUGUUGAAACGACGACGGAAUUGCUACUACAAGAAGGCCAUUCCCGCGAGGUGUACGCCGUUUCAUUCAACUCAGACGGAUCCCUUCUAGCCAGUGGAGGUUUGGAUAGUCACGGACGUAUCUGGGAUCUUCGCACUGGCCGAACGGUCAUGGUUCUCCAGGGUCACAUCCGCGAAAUCUACGGCGUCGACUGGGGCGCCGAUGGAUACCGAGUGCUGACGAGUUCGGGAGAUGGCUGGGUUAAAUGCUGGGAUCUUCGCAAAGUCGACUGCAGUGGUAGCAUUGGAGCACACAAGAGCGUCGUUUCGGACGUGAGAUGGUACAAAGGGGGCGAUUCAUCGCAUUCAUACCUCCCGUCAACAGGGGCAGAGAAAGGCGAUGCUAUGGUGACAGACGAGGCUGCACCGGCGCCGACGCCGCGAAAGGCGGGCACAUUCUUCGUCAGUUCAGGGUUCGAUCGAAACGUCAACGUGUUUAGUGCAGACGACUGGUCGAUGAUCAAGUCGUUGACAGGACAUUCGGACAAGGUGCUCAGCGUGGAUAUCAGCCACGACGCGCGGUGGAUUGCCAGUGCCAGCCAUGAUCGAACGCGGCUAUCGGGGAUGCGACGCAGACCGAAACAAGCCGAAGCCGAAGCCAAACUCACCUUUGACCUCGCGAGCUCUCCUCAUUCUUUGCCUAUAGACUCUUGCCCACUCCAAUUCAUCAUGCGAGGAGCAGCACUGUGGCUCCGGCCCCAGAGGCUGAUGCCUUCUGCUAGAGGACAGCUGUCACCACUCUCUAUGCGGCCCCUCGCGACGUGCCUGUCAUGCCGAUACGCCUACGCCUCCAAACAGUCUGCUCUGCUGCAGCAACGACGCGCAUCAUCCAGCUAUCGAGACAGUUAUCCGGACAGUUCUUCAACACGCAGCAGUCCUCCUGAUAUCGACACCACAAACUACUAUACCCUGUUCCCAUCGACACUCCCCUACGGCCCACCUCCAAACUCAUUCUUUACAUUCAACACCUCGGCGCUGCGGCGCGAGUUCCUCGAACUCCAAGGCGCAACUCACCCAGACAAGUUCCCGCAAGGCCCCGAUAAACAGCGCGCCGAGACCCUGUCGGCGCGCCUCAACGACGCCUACCGCACGCUAUGCGACCCGCUCACGCGCGCGCAGUACCUUCUCGCAGAGUUCCAUGGCAUCGACGUGCUCGCCGAAGACGGUAGCGGGACAUCCAGGGCCGGGCUUGACCCAGAAACGCUCAUGGAAGUGAUGGAUGCGCAGGAGAAGGUCGAGGAGCUGUCGAACGUGCCAGCUGCCGAGGCCGAGAAAGUAGUCAAGAAGUUGAGAAAUGCCAAUGCGGAUCGCAUUGAGACGACGGUGGAACGGCUCGCAAGCUCGUUUGAUAUCAGCGAUAUAGAAAGGGCGCACACGGAAACAGUGCGCUUGCGGUUCUGGUAUAGUCUAAGGGAUGGCCUGCGCGAGUGGGAGCCGGGUCAUGGCGAGAUUCGCAUUGUUCAUUGA